AUGGCAUUAGGAGAUUUGAUGGCGUCUAGGUUUUCACAAUCCGCUGUCGUUUCAAACCACUUUGACGACUGCGGCUCCACGCAAGACGACGUCGAUUUGCUUUCUCAGAGGAGAGAUUCUGAUACUGCAAGUAGUAGUUACGGCAAUGGUACAGGCACAUCAAUUGCAACCACCACCGGGAACGGUGCCACCACCAGUAUGGCUUACUUGCCUCAGACUAUCGUUUUGUGUGAACUACGACACGAUGCCUUUGAAGCUUCUACUCCCACCGGUCCAUCUGAUAAUGGCCUUGUCUCCAAAUGGCGGCCAAAGGACCGCAUGAAGACAGGAUGCGUAGCCCUAGUUUUAUGUUUAAACAUAAGUGUUGAUCCACCGGAUGUAAUAAAGAUAUCUCCUUGUGCAAGAAUGGAAUGCUGGAUAGAUCCGUUUUCUAUGGCACCCCAAAAAGCACUUGAAACUAUUGGAAAGAACUUGAGCUUACAGUAUGAGAGGUGGCAACCCAAGGCUCGGUAUAAAGUUCAGCUUGAUCCUACGGUUGAGGAAGUAAAGAAACUUUGCAAUACAUGUCGUAGAUAUGCUAAAUCUGAGAGGGUUUUGUUUCAUUACAAUGGGCACGGCGUGCCAAAACCAACUGCCAAUGGUGAAAUUUGGCUUUUCAAUAAGAGUUAUACACAGUAUAUCCCUUUGCGAAUCAGUGAUCUUGAUUCCUGGUUGAAGACUCCAUCCAUAUAUGUUUUUGACUGCUCUGCUGCUGGGAUGAUUGUCAAUGCAUUUAUAGCGCUUCAUGACUGGGGUGCAUUGAACUACUCUGGAUCUACAAGGGAUUGCAUUCUGCUUGCUGCCUGUGAAGCACAUGAGACUCUUCCUCAGAGUGAUGAGUUUCCUGCUGAUGUGUUUACUUCUUGCCUCACCACACCGAUCCCAAUGGCAUUAAGAUGGUUCUGCAAACGUUCAUUAUUGCAUGAGUCACUUGAUUAUUCUCUCAUAGACAAAAUUCCUGGCCGCCAGACUGAUCGGAAAACACUUCUGGGGGAAUUGAAUUGGAUUUUCACAGCAGUGACUGAUACUAUUGCCUGGAAUGUUCUACCUCAUGAUCUUUUUCAGAGAUUGUUCAGACAAGAUUUGUUAGUUGCCAGUCUGUUCAGAAAUUUUUUACUUGCCGAGAGAAUCAUGCGUUCAGCAAAUUGUUCUCCGAUAUCUCAUCCCAUGUUGCCACCAACCCAUCAGCAUCAUAUGUGGGAUGCGUGGGACAUGGCUGCUGAAAUUUGCCUCUCUCAGCUUCCAUCAUUGGUUGAGGAUCCUAAUGCUGAAUAUCAGUCAAGUCCUUUUUUCAGUGAACAGCUGACGGCUUUUGAGGUUUGGCUUGACCAUGGAUCUGAAAAUAAAAAACCUCCAGAGCAGUUGCCUAUUGUUCUUCAGGUUUUACUUAGUCAAUGCCAUAGAUUUCGGGCGCUCGUUCUUCUUGGAAGAUUCCUUGACAUGGGACCUUGGGCUGUUGACCUGGCUUUGUCUGUUGGGAUAUUUCCGUAUGUUCUGAAGUUGCUGCAAACAACAACACCUGAACUACGCCAAAUUCUUGUAUUCAUAUGGACAAAAAUUCUUGCUCUGGAUAAGUCAUGUCAGGUUGAUCUUGUGAAGGAUGGAGGUCAUGCAUAUUUUAUUAGGUUUCUUGAUAGCAUGGAAGCAUAUCCAGAACAGCGUGCCAUGGCUGCAUUUGUGUUGGCUGUCAUUGUGGAUGGGCAUAGGCGGGGACAGGAAGCCUGUAUGGGAGCUAAUUUGAUCCAUGUGUGCCUGAAGCAUCUUCAAGCUUCAACGCCAAAUGAUGCACAAACUGAACCCUUAUUUCUUCAGUGGCUUUGUCUAUGUCUGGGGAAGUUGUGGGAAGAUUUUGCAGAGGCACAAACUAUUGGUCUGCGGUUGGAUGCCCCACGGAUAUAUGCUCCUCUACUCUCUGAACCGCAACCAGAGGUUAGGGCCUCUGCUGUUUUCUCCUUAGGUACCCUGCUUGAUAUUGGGUUUGACUCGUGUAGAGAUGGUGUUGAAGGAGAUGAAGAAUUUGAUGAUGAUGAAAAAAUUAGAGCUGAAAUUAGUAUUGUUAAAAGCCUUUUAAGCGUUGUUUCAGAUGGAAGCCCACUUGUCAGAGCAGAGGUCGCUGUAGCUCUAGCACGCUUUGCCUUUGGCCACAAGCAGCAUCUCAAGUCAAUUGCUGCCGCAUGUUGGAAACCUCAGUCUAGUUCUCCACUGAGUUCCUUACCUUCAUUGGCUAAUAUAAAAGCUACAGGAAGUGGAAAUAUUGUUUCAUCUCAAAUUGGUCCAUUGUCAAGAGUUGGCAAUGAUAACUCAUCACUGGUCAGAGAUGGAAGGGUCUCAACGAGCAGUCCUCUUGCUAAUACUGGAAUUAUGCAUGGAUCCCCAUUGUCUGAUGAUUCAUCUCAACACUCUGAUUCUGGAAUCUUAAAUGAUGGCAUCAGUAAUGGGGUUGUUAAUCAUAUAAGACCAAAACCACUAGACAAUGAAAUGUAUUCACGGUGUGUAUUGGCUAUGUGUACUUUAGCUAAAGAUCCUUCUCCACGCAUAGCAAGCCUUGGGCGUCGAGUACUGUCCAUUAUAGGGAUUGAGCAGGUGGUGGCAAAACCUGUUAUGUCUGCAGUUAACAGUUUUCGUCCUGGUGAACCCACAUCAGCAUCUCCAACACCUCUUGCUGGACUUGCUCGUUCAUCUUCUUGGUUUGAUAUGAAUGCAGGUCAUUCUUUAAAGUUUAGAACUCCUCCUGUAAGCCCACCUCGGCAAAGUUACUUUGGGAUGCGAAGAGUUUGCUCUUUAGAGUUCCGGCCUCACCUUAUAAAUUCUCCCGACUCAGGAUUAGCUGAUCCUCUUAUAGGCCAGGGGGAAUCUUCUGGGGUUUCAGAACGCAGUUUACUGCCUCAUUCAACUAUCUACAACUGGAGCUGUGGCCACUUCUCCAAGCCACUUCUUACAGCGGCAGAUGAUACUGAAGAAAUGAUUGUUAGAAGAGAAGAGAGGGAAAAAUUUGCACUAGAACACAUUGCAAAAUGCCAGCGCUCUUCUGUUAGCAGGCUUAGCAAUCCAAUUGCUUGCUGGGAUACGAGAUUCGAAAAUGGUGCCAAAACAGUCUUGUUGCAACCUUUUUCACCCAUUGUGGUUGCUGCUGAUGAGAAUGAAACGAUUAGGGUAUGGAAUUAUGAGGGAGCUACCCUCCUCAAUGGUUUUGAUAAUCAUAGCUUUCCUGACAAAGGAAUUUCUAAGCUCUGCCUUGUGAAUGAACUUGAUGAUAGCCUGCUUCUUGUUGCUUCAAGCAAUGGAAAUAUUCGGAUUUGGAAAGACUAUACUGUUAAGGAUAGCCAGAAGCUGGUUACUGCGUUCUCUGCAAUCCAAGGUCACAAACCUGGUGUGCGAUAUUUAAAUGCUGUUGUUGACUGGCAACAGCAGUCUGGAUAUCUGUAUGCUUCUGGAGAGAGAUCGUCCAUUAUGCUUUGGGACCUGGACAAAGAGCAGCUUGUCAAUUCCAUUCCUUUUUCACCAGAUUGGAGCAUCUCAGCUUUGUCUGCUUCUCAAGUUCAUGGGGGUCAAGUAGCGGCUGGUUUUUUGGAUGGUGCUGUCCGACUCUAUGAUGUUCGAACGCCUCAAAUGCUUGUCUGUACAUCUCGGCCACAUAUUCGGCCACAUACACAGCAAGUAGAAAGAGUUGUGGGUAUCAGCUUUCAGCCUGGGCUUGAUCCAGGAAAGAUUGUCAGUGCAUCUCAGGCUGGUGACAUCGAAUUUCUUGACUUCAGAAAUAGCAGUGAUACUUACCUCACAAUCGACGCUCACAGGGGCUCACUGACAGCUUUAGCUGUACAUAGACAUGCUCCAAUUGUUGCCAGUGGCUCAGCAAAACAAUUAAUCAAAGUUUUCAGUCUGGAGGGUGAACAACUAGGCUCCAUUAGGUAUCACCAUCCUAGCUUCAUGGCCCAGAAGAUUGGUUCUGUAAGCUGCCUCACCUUCCAUCCCUAUCAAGUGCUGCUCGCUGCUGGUGCAGCAGAUGCUUGUGUCUCUAUUCAUUCUUGAUGACAGCUCAGAGCAUAUAGUGGAUAUCGGUUAUACAAAUCUGAAUGGCAGCAAGGUCGUGUAAAUGUCAGAAUCACUCUUAAUGGAUUCAAGUCAUCAGAAGGGAGAUAAUCUGCCACCUCAAUCACCACUGCCUGUUGAUAAAUCUAGAGAAUAUUGGUUGGGCGAGUUCUAGUAAAAUUGUAUGCUAUACAUUCAUUAGCCUCCGGUGUAGAGUCUAACAUGUUCGAGUAACAAAUCCGCAUUAGGGGGCUUCGGCAAAUAAUUUGUUAUAUAGGUAAAUGCGUGUAAAUAGUUUUUUUUUUUUUUUGUCUACCAUUUUGGGUGUGUCCAUUGUUCCCUCCAUCCCUUUGUCCAAUUUGUAAAAACAGCACAUUUCAUUAAUCAUAACGUAAGUGUUGUAGACAUGGUUGACCGUCCCCUGAAAUGUGGGGCACUCGGCCUUGUCACAUAUCGUGUUAAAUCUCUGAUCAA